UGAUCUGAUUACAACAACUGAUCGCUCUCUUUCAUCACGACUGGGCAGUGUUCGAAUAGUUCGAAGUUCGUAUAGUUGAAUUUUUGAAUUAAUUUCGCGUGUGUUGAAGUUCCGAAAUUGUUAACAACGCGAACCGUUCACAAUGUCACUGCCAGCUCUAGAAAACGUUAAAGGUACGCCGUACAACUCGAUGUUUUCCAAACACUUCGGUGUUAGUGAUAAGACCGACGCUGGCCUUUUGAUGCCAACUGGACGUACGAUCGCAGCCGCAUCGGCGGCCGCUGCCCCUAAUCCAGGCGACAGUUGUGCGUACGGAUCGAACAAAUACUUCGCAUUAUGCGGUAUCGGCGGUAUCCUUUCUUGCGGUAUUACUCACACAAUGGUCACACCGCUUGACCUUGUGAAAUGUCGUCUGCAAGUAAAUCCAGCCAAAUACAAGAACGUAAUCAAUGGAUUCAGAGUAACACUGGCCGAAGAUGGAGCCCGUGGUUUGGCUCGUGGUUGGGCACCAACCUUCUUCGGGUACUCGGCCCAAGGUCUGUGCAAAUUCGGUUUCUACGAAUACUUCAAAUGUCUUUACUCCGAUUUGCUAGGCGAAGAGAACUCCUACCUGUGGAGGACAUCUUUAUACUUGGCCGCUUCAGCAUCGGCCGAAUUCUUCGCUGAUAUCGCUCUUAGCCCUAUGGAGUCGAUCAAAGUUAAAAUACAAACAACGCCCGGAUUCGCAAACACGUUACGCGAAGCAGCACCCAAAAUGUACAGAGAAGAAGGCAUGAACGCUUUCUUCAAAAGUGUAGCUCCAUUAUGGAUGCGACAGAUUCCAUAUACCAUGAUGAAAUUCGCCUGUUUCGAAAGAACCGUAGAAUUACUCUACAAAUACGUCGUACCAAAACCCCGAGCUGAUUGUUCCAAGAGCGAACAACUCGUCGUCACGUUUGCCGCCGGUUACAUCGCCGGUGUAUUUUGCGCCAUCGUAUCUCAUCCAGCUGACACCGUUGUAUCUAAAUUGAACCAAGAGAAGAACGUAUCUGCUAUCGAAUUAACAAAACGUAUCGGUUUUGUUGGAUUAUGGAAAGGAUUAGUACCUAGGAUAGUUAUGAUUGGUACAUUAACAGCGCUACAAUGGUUCAUUUACGAUUUCGUUAAGGUAUCUUUGGCUUUACCGCGUCCACCGCCGCCUGAAAUGCCAGCAUCUUUAAAAGCCAAAUUGGCCGCUGAAGGAAAAACUGAGUAAAUUUUAAACUACGUUGUUAUCGAAUACAAUUCCCAUUCGAUUGUGUUGUGUGUUUUAACAUCGUCUGAUUUUUAAAUCCUGUUGGUUUUCUGUUUUCUUCUCUUUUUUUUUCCGAAUAGUAACUUUUGUUCCUUUGUGGCUAUACCAAUUGGAAAACAUGAUCUUUGUGAUGUUAAGUACUAGAUUUCAUUUAGGUAUCUUGUUAUAUACGUGUAAUGAAAAGUUAUUUCAAUAUCGUUAUUUAUACCAUAAUUUUGUUCGUAAGAUCGAAUAUUAUUUAUUUUCCAUUUUUAAUUUAGAAUUUUUUUUUUCCAUUUUCGUUUAUGUGUUUUUUGAAAUGAACGAUACAAUAGAAAGACUGUAUUUUUCAUGUUAUUAUAAUGGCAUCCGAGCCCGAUAGUCCAAUUCGCUUGAUUUAAAUUUCACACACAUACCUAGUUUUAAAUUGCAUGCUUCCCGGAUUUAAUUAAUAUAUUGUGUUACAUUCCGUAGUGAGCAUGACUGAUCAUUUCGAAAUAUAAAAUGAUAAUUACGUGUU